UGGUGACAAGGAGAAAGAUGACUGUUCGCUCCGUAGUUCCUGAUCCGGAACUGGUUAUUCAGGAAACCCGGAAGGAGUAGUUGGCGCGCGCGAAGCGUGGUCCCCUCCCUGGAGUGGAGUACAAGAAAGCGUGAGUUGUGAGCGAUGCUUCAGAUGCUCUCCAAAUCCUUGGUUAUGGAGUAUUUGGCUCAUCCUGGUGCACUCAGCUUGGCUGCUGGAGUUGCUUGUGGCGUAUGCUUGGGCUGGGGCCUCCGGGCACACUUUGGCAUGCUACCCCAAAACUCAGCAAGACAGACAGACACAGACACGGGAACCGAAGCAAGCAUCUUGGGAGAAAGUGGGGAGUACAAAAUGAUUCUUGUGGUCCGAAAUGACUUAAAGAUGGGAAAAGGAAAAGUCGCUGCCCAGUGUUCUCAUGCUGCUGUUUCAGCCUACAAGCAAGUCCAAAGGAGAAACCCUCAAGUGCUCAAAGAAUGGGAGUACUGUGGCCAGCCCAAGGUGGUUGUCAAAGCCCCUGAUGAACAGACCCUUAUUGCAUUACUGACCCAUGCCAAGAUGUUGGGACUGACUGUCAGCUUAAUCCAAGAUGCUGGACGUACUCAGAUUGAACCAGGCUCUCGAACUGUCCUAGGAAUUGGUCCAGGACCAGUAGAACUAAUUGAUGAAGUUACUGGUCAUCUAAAACUUUACUAGAUGAGCUUCUGUGUGAUGGUGAUUCUAAGGCAUUUGAAACCUAUCAAUAACAAAAAAAGCUCAAUUUGUACCCUAAAUAAAAUCCAUUCCCAUCAAGUACUGUGCAGUUAGUGCACAGCAUAUAUUUUGAGCUUUAAAAAACUUGAGGCCAGGCAUGGUAGUAUAUGCCUUUAAUCUUAGCACUUGGGAGGCAAAGGCAGGCCAAUCUUUGAGAGUUCAAGAACAGCCUGAUCUACAUAGUUCCAAGGCAUCCAGGACUAUUACCCCCCGCCAAAAAAAAAAAUACACAAAAAUCCCACAAAAAAAUACUGUUGGCUAAAUGGUCUCAGUUGUUCAAAUAAUAGGUACUGACUGAACCAGAUACUGAGGGUGAAUUAGGUCGAACUGUUGGGUGAGAAGGAAUCCCUGUAUAACUCUCCCCCCUUUGGUGUGGUCAAUUGCUCUUCUCCCUGAAACUUCUGCUGUCCCAGUCCCUCUUGGAGGGCCUGAUUCAAGAAACCAAAUUUCAGUUUUUCCCUGCUACUUUCAGAAUGACUGACCAUUUGUUAUUAAGAGACCAUUCAUAAUCACCCACAGUGGAAUCUUGAUUUAGACUCUAACCAACUGGAUGUUUGAGUCUCACACUGUAGCUCGGGCUGGCCUCAACCUGUAGCAGUUCUCCUUCUGCCUCCAACAUGCUGGAAUUAGACAAGCAUGAGCCGUCAUCCCAGCUACUAUCUGGACUAAUUUUUACUUCUAGUUGAAAUUUUGUAGUAUUGAUAUAACCUGUGCAGUGUUUUAAUGCUCAUUUUUCCUAACCCAUUUGGGCCAAAGGUGGCUCUAAUUCACAGCUGUAAAGACUCCUUUACUUCUUCCCCUUCACCAGUGAAGUCACUAAGUUUGUGAUGUGAACCUUAGACUUUCAAAGUGAAAUGAGCCCACUUUAUGUGAGGUUUUAUGUAUGGAAUCUAAAGUGACUAUGGCUGUGCAGUGUUUUUCUCUUUAAAAGUUUAGGAACUCCACAAUUUGAGUACUUUUGUCCCUUUUGAUGCUUAUAUACUGGUUAAUUCUAGUAAUUACUGUUGAUUCCAGCUGCCCAGAAUAUGGUACAGAAGGUACCUGCUCCCAAAAAGCAACCACAUGACUUC